AUGCGACAUCUGGAGAAAGAAGGUAAGACUUUUCAGGCGAAUUUCCAUUGAAAAAUCAUGAUUUUCAGGAUUUCCGCCAAAAUCAACCGGAUCUUCGCCAAUUUCGCCGAAAAUCAACCGGAUUUUAUCAAUAUGUUCAACAAAAGCUGCAAGAGCAAACUCUUCCAGGUUCAGGUGAGAAUGUUCAUUUGAAUUUUCAUGAAAAUGUGAAGAUUUUCAGGUUUAACAGCAACAACUUCGGGAAUUUCGCCGUUAUUUCGCUCAACAUUUGCAUUUUUAAUAAUUACCUGAUUAUCAACGAGAAUAAAUUGUUUAUGAUAUAUAAUUGA